AUGCCUGGAUUGGAGCUGGAUAUUGAAGAGGCCCUGACCUCCGCACUCGAAGAUGGGGCCGAUGAUCUGCCUUCUGUGCUGUCGUCAAUCAAACAACGGCCUAUGCUGUUCUACGAUGAAACUCUCCCAGUUCGUAUCGUGUUGCGACUUUCUGACUGCACCGAAUCAACCCUGAAGCACUUUCUUCCACGACUUGAAGUAAGACUAGAUGUCUAUGCUGUUGAACCAGCAGAGUCUGUUGCCGACAACCCUACGCCCACCCGAGAGAUCAUUUUCUCAGGAGCUGUUAACAUUGAGGAGGAACCUCUGGUUGUAUUUAAUCAGUUCGAGGGGGACGAAGGCAGCGGAAACCAUGUAUAUCUAAUAUGGGCAAUCGAAAGCUUUCUCAAGCGCCCUCGAAACCGUAUCCAAAACCCCUCACUCUUGUUCAUGGCUUCAGCAACCUUGAACCCCUCCGAAGCUUCGCGAUCAGAGGAUUCCGAAGAUGAUUAUCUACCUCCUCUUGUUCCCGCCUCAACCAACAUGCUUCAACCCCUAGGCGUUGGGAAAGGGCUAUCACACAAAGAGCCUUUCUUACCGGCGUCCAGAUUACUUCGUGUGGUUCCCACUGCGUAUAACGAAGACCCAGUCUACAACAUUCAGCAGCAACAAGCGCGCCCUUACCGCGUAGCACCUGCUGCGAGUGCUAGGAUUCGCUAUUCACGCCUGACCUCUUACAAUGGACUCGCAACCACUGUGGCCAGCCUUGAUUUCGAAGUGACGCCAUUUCUCACCUGCGAAGUGGUGUUUGAUAAAGCGGAGCUUCAAAUAUCUGAAGGAACUCUAGAACCCCUAUCCAAUGUUCCUGGCCUGGCACUCCCUUUAACCUGCCGGCCAAGGGAUGAUGUCACCUUAGUCUACAAACUGACUCCAGAGUAUGGACCGGAGACGAAUCCUUCCUCCACAGCCAUGAUGAGUGUGCUGGACAUCUCACUAGGCGCCGUGAUUCGCCUUUCUGAGGAUUGCCAGCCAAGAAUUACCAUGGAGUGGAAAACAAACGUCGAUUUCUCCAUGGCCCUUAAUCCUACCUUUGGUGGACCCAGCCAGGCGUUACAAAGGACUAACCGCCCGGCUAGCCUCUCCAUGUCCUCUGGGAACCAGACUUCGGCCCAACGAAGCUCUCUGCGAGAACGAGCAUACUCUGUGACUGAUGUAGGAGUCACUAUCUCGUUCUCGGGACCAGUCCGUGUCCAAGUCGGAUUGCCUUUCUCCUGGGACGUGUUCAUUGUGAAUCGAUCCCAAAUCCCUCGGAAGUUUGCCCUGAUUGCGAUCCCGCGUCGUAAGCGUGUAGAUCCCCGGGGUCAUGUUGCUCGCCCAUCUUCUUCGUCCGUAUCUAGUCAUCGGAAAGAGCGAAAGGAACGGAAAUCAGACCAUGUGGCUGAGGCUGUGACAGACGAAAAUAUCGUCCAUGCUAUGCAAAAGAAUGUGGCUGGGCAGGAAGCUGAACUGAUCAGCUUGAGUACCGACAUUCGAGUUGGACCUUUGUUGCCUGGAACCUGCCACUCCACGGAAAUCAAGCUCCUGCCACUCGCCACGGGUCCUUUACAUUUGGAAGCAGUGCGCCUAGUGGAUGUGAACACGAACGAAACGACCGAUAUCCGAGAUUUGCCCGACAUCCUUGCGGAUGAUCAACCGCGGCCAUAG